AUCACGAUCCGAGUACACUUUUGACAGUGUGUCCUCCAUCAUCAUAUGAAUGUUUCGUCGUCUCUCUCGGGCUCUGGAAGAAGGGUGAGGACGAUACCUGACAUUGCACAAAUGACGAACACCGCAUCCAAAAUCGGACAAGAUUUGUUGGUGAAAAUUCUGUCAACUGUGCCUUCGAAAUCUCUGAUGCGAUUCAAUCGCGUCGCGAAAUGGUGGUAUGCUCUCAUCAACGACCACAGCUUCGUACACAAGCACCUCUCCAAAUCCUUGCACGACAAUCAAUUCACUCGUGCCUUUUUGAAGCGAAUGUUAGUCCCUACGGAAGACCCCAAUGAUAACGAAACUCAAUCCGUAUUCUCAGUACUUACUUGUGCCAAUGUCGCUGUUGACGAUGACGAUGGCGGUGUGCAAAAGUAUAGCACUCUUUCUGGGACGGAGGACUUCGAUGUUCCUCUUGCUAUGAGCCUAGAGAUUGGGGAUGAUCAAUCAUUUCGCGUUGUAGGUCGUUGUGAUGGCAUCAUUUGUCUAGCUGCUGACCUAAUUCUAGUAAGGUGAUCUUGUGGAAUCCGACAAUUCAGGAAUUCAGGG